ACCAGGACUUGAACCAGGACUUGAACCAGGACUUGAACCAGGAUUAACCUAGGACUGAACAGGGACUUGAACCAGGACUCAACCAGGAAUGAACAAGGACUAAACCAGGACUGAACGAGGGCUGACCAAAGGCUGAACAAGGACUUGAACCAGGACACUACCAGGACUUGAACCAGGACUGAACAGGGACUUGAACCAGGACUAAACCAGAACUGAACAAGGACUUGAACCAGGACUAAACCAGAACUAAAGCAGGACUGAACAAGAACUCAACCAGGACUGUGCCAGGACUAAACCAGGACUAAACAAGGACUUGAAUCAGGACUAACCCAGGACUAAAUCAGGACUGAAAAAGGAUUGAACCAGGACUUGAACCAGGACUAAACCAACCCUGAAUAAGGACUUGAACCAGGACUGAUCCAGGACUCUAUCAGAACUAAACCAGGUCUUAACCAGGACUUGUAUUUAAACUAGUUAGAAUUGGGGUUAUCAACUUUCUUGGUGUUUUGUCCCAUUUGCAAAUAAAGUAGGUACUUUGGAAGGUCCCACAGUAUGGCAUUAUCUGAACUUAUCUAAUUUACUUUUAUGUAUUGAAUCACAGAUGGAAAGAAACAUGUAUUCUGAGCAGGGUCUCCUCUCCACAGAUCUGACCUGAACUUGGCCAAAUGGGGUCACCUGUCUGUCCUGCAGUGGACGCUUGAGUGGUUCCUGCUUUCACCUGUCUGAUUCAUUGAUUCAUCGAUUUCUUUGCUGUCACAGAAUGAGAAAACAAUGAAAUUACAAUUACCAACUCCCUCUGAUGAUCCCGCAAAACACACAGAAUUAUUUAGCUCACUGAUGGAGCAUUUUGAGUUUUGGAGAUGUAGACAGACUAAUAAAGGGUUACGCAAACGUGUGAAUGAAACAAAACACAACUCCAGGUCUGGUUUUGAGGUGGAAACAGCAUUAGAACAUGAUUUAAAGCUCACAAGAGUCACUUUUUGAUCAGAAAAUAGAAAAAAUGAAGCGCGUUAACUUCCUGAGGGUAACUCGAAGUCUUCCCACUGAGAGGUCAUUGCCAAGUACCAAGAAUGUCUACGUUAAAUGUCCUAUAUUACACAAAAAGUGACUCUUGUGAGCUUCAAGUCAUGUUCUAAUGUUGUUACCUCAAAAACAGACUUGGACUUGUCCUUUGUUUCAUUCCUUAACAGUCUGUCUUCAUCUCCUAAGCUCAAAAUGCUAGUAUAGUAUAUGUAGCGGUAGUUUUCAGGCUAACAGUUCUUCAGAGACUGACAAUUCCAGGGCUGAUUUGAUCCAAAUGAUUCUAGUGAAGGUAUAUGGAGUUGAAAACAUAGUGGAGCACCUCCUGUAUUACCACAUGACAUCACAAGGUGGAGUGUUUUCAGUCUAAAUCUGCAGGGUUUGUGUGUUAAACGUGAAUGAAACAAAACACAGUCCUAGUCCUUCACCCUCUUGUGAUUGAAACAAUAAUUAAAUAAUAAAAUACAAAUAAUAAAUAAAUAUAAUCGAUACGUACACAAAUAAAUAAAACAAUACAAAUAAAAUAAAUAAUAAAAUAAAAUACAUAAGUAAUAAACUAAGAACAUUCAUUUAAAAAACAAAAUAAGUAUGUAACCCACCAUAUUGCUCCUUGUCGUGUAAGUUUUAGAUAAGUUUUGGCGCCAGCGUGGUGCGCCACUCUCCCCCCGUGAACUCCAUCUCCCACAAUGCACCGCACUGUUUACUUCCUGCAGUAGCCUCCAUGCUGUAGCCUGACCCCCGCGGCCCAUGAUCCUGUGCUGUUCCUCUCAUCUGUCUCUUUCUGUUUCUCUGUGAUCUGUUGACAGUGAAGGCGUCAUGGAGGUGACGGCGGCGCGCAGGUCUUUCCUCUGCGACAUCGGUGAGUCUGGAGCUGAAACGAAGGAUUAACUCGUGCGUAAAACCACAAGCUCCAUGAUCCAUAUUCAUGUUUUUCUUGUUUAGCUGCAGUUUUCUCGCUCUGGCUCCAGCGUGGUGGGAUUCCUGAGAAACUCGAGAUUUGUAUUUCAACAUUAUGAUCUCGAGCUGUACUUCUCUUCAUGAAGCGUUUCUGGGUCAGAUUCUGCAGCGCUCCCCCUCCCUUCCCCUCUCUCCUCAUUUCUCCUCUCUCCUCUCCUCUCCCUGUCUCUCCUCUCCCUUUCUCCUCCUCUUCUCCUCCCUCUAUUCUCUUAGGUAUAUGAGCAGGCUGUAUUCCUCUUCAUGAAGUUGCCUCUCUGGGUCAGAAUCUGCAGCUCUGCAGCUCUGGAGCUCUCAACUCUCCCCUCUCCCUCUUCUCUCUCCUCCUCCUCCUCUUCCUCUUCUCCCUCUCUUCUCUCAGGUGUGUGGGUGGAGCGUACUCCUCUUCAUGAAGCUGUGUCUCUGGGUUGAGUUUUGCAGCUCUCUUACUUCUCCUCCCCAUCUUCUUCCUCCUCCUCCUCUCUCCUCCUCUUCCUCUCCUCCCUCUCUUCUGUCAGGUAUGUGGGCGGACCGUACUCCUCUUCAUGAAGCGGCGUCUCUGGGUCGGGUUCUGCAGCUCUCUCAGCUCUUGGACUCUGGAGUUGGUGUGAACACAGUGACGGUGGACAACAUGACGGCUCUGCACGAGGCGUGUAUCAAAGCCCACCCCACCUGUGUGCGCCUGCUGCUGAGGGCCGGGGCCCAGGUGGACGUGAGGACGAUUCACGGCAGUACACCUCUCUGUUACGCCUGUGGCUCAGGGAGUUUGGAGUGUGUUCGACUUUUACUGGAACACGGGGCAAAAGUGAACCCCUCCCUCACAGCUCUGACCGCUUCCCCCCUGCACGAGGCCUGUAUACAAGGUCACGUGGACAUCGUGGAGCUGUUGAUCUCCAGAGGAGCAGACCUGGAGGCGUUUGACGUUCACUUUGGUCCUCCUCUUCACAUCGCCUCCGCCAAAGGACACGCCCCCUGUGUGAAGGCGCUGCUGCAGGCCGGAGCGCGCGUGAACUCGGUGAAGUUCCAUGAGACGGCGUUACACCUGGCGGCCCACGGGGGCAGUGUGGAGCUGGUGGAGCUGCUGAUCGAGUUUGGAGCCGAUGUUUUCUACAGCGAUAACUCCGGGAACAGACCCAGAGACUACGCGGUGCCGGGGACUGAGGCACACCGCUGCCUCACAUUCUACGAGAACACCCCCCUGAGUCUGCAGCAGAUCUGCAGGAUCAGAGUCAGGUCUCUGCUUGGUCCUCGAGCUCUCCGUGUUUUACCUGAACUCCAGAUCUCUCCAGUGAUCAAGAGCUACCUCCUCUUCAGCGGUCAGAACAACAUGGAGACCGAAAACCCACAGCCGUAUUACUUCGGAGACAUCGGCUGCUGGUCGGAGCGGACAGAGGUGCAUAAGGCUGCCUCAGAGGGCGCCGCGUCUGCCCUGAGGCAUCUGAUCGAGGGCGGAGCCUCUGUGAACAUGGUGGCGGUGGACUCCAUCACUCCGCUGCAUGAGGCCUGUCUGAGGGGGCAGGCCCAGUGUGUGAAACUGCUGCUGGAGGCCGGAGCUCAGGUGGAUGCGAGGAACGUAGACGGCAGCACUCCUCUGUGUGAUGCAUGUUCUUCUGGGAGUUUGGAGUGUGUGCGUCUGCUGCUCAAACAUGGUGCUAAAGCGAACCCCGCGCUGACAUCCAGGACUGCGUCUCCUCUGCACGAGGCCUGCAUGGGAGGAAACUCAGAGUGUGUGAAGCUGCUGGUUUCCAUGGGGGCGAGUCUGGAGGCGUAUGAUCUGUACCAUGGCACUCCUCUGCACGUGGCCUGUGUCAACGACCACAUGGACUGUGUCAAAGUGCUGCUCAACGCAGGGGCCAAAGUGAACGCCUCACGCCUUCAUGAGACUCCGUUGCAUCACGCCGCGAGGAACCUGAGCGAGGACAUGAUCCAGAUCCUGGUCGAGUUUGGAGCCAACGUUUACGCCAGAGACCACCGCGACCUCCGACCUGCGGACUACACACAGCCCGGGUCGCCCCCUGCUGACCGCCUGCACUACUACGAGAGCACCCCUCUGUCUCUGCAGCAGCUCAGUCGUCUCUCUGUGAGGAACCAUCUGGGCCCCAGAGCCCUGAAGGCCAUCACCCAACUGCACCUGCCCCAGAUCCUGCUCAACUACCUCUGCUUCACUGAAAUGCACACAAGGGACUAGACCAGGACCAGGACCUGAGACCAGACCAGGACUGGACUAAGACUAGGACCAGAGACCAGGACCAGAGACUGGACCAGAGACACUGGACCAGAAACCAGACUAAGACCGGAUCAGAGACUGGACCAGGACUGCGACCAGAGACCGCACCAGAACCAGGACUACAACAGAGACCUGGACUGGUACCAGAGAUCAGACCUGAGAGAGGACUAGGACCAGAGAUCAGACCUGAGAGAGGACUAGGACCAGAGAUCGGACCUGAGAGAGGACUAGGACCAGAGAUCGGACCUGAGAGAGGACUAGGACCAGAGAUCGGACCUGAGAGAGGACUAGGACCAGAGAUCGGACCUGAGACAAGAUCAGGAUUACAACCAGAGACUAGACCAGAACUAGGACCAGGGCAAGGACUAGGAUUUAGGACUAGAACCACGGCUACUACUAGACCAGGACAAAGACUAGGAUCAGGGCUAGGACUAGACUAGACUCGGACUAGACUGGGCCCAGACUGGGACCAGGGAUUCCAGGGAUGAGACCAGGACUAGACCCAUUGGCCUGAGACUGGGCCAGGACAUUACCAGGACUGGACUAGGACUAGACUAGAACUAGACCAGAACCAAGACCGGACCAGGACUAGACCAAACCCAAAAGGACUCGCUCAGACCCACAGGACUUGAUCUGAACCCGAGGUGCUGCUCAGAGAGUCUUCAUGAAACACUAAAACACAGAAACACUUUUUAGCUGGAAACGGGAAUUUUAACUGGAUUUAACUAUUUAUUCUUAAUUAUUACUCACGCGAGUCUUAUUUUAUUUAGCUUGUUGGAAAAGACAAGACAGAAAUGUGCUGAAAUAAUGUUUGUGCCAAAUAUGAGAUGUGAGAUUUUGAGUGUGAUGGUGCUAUGAUGGUGUUGGUUAUUUAAAUGUCAUGUUUUGUAUAUAUGUGGUUUAUAUAGAGUAAAAGUAGCUGCAGAGUCAUAUAAAAUGUAUUUCCAAACCCUUAAAACAGAAAUGUAAAAGAUGUAAUGCAGUAA